CAACAUCAUCCAGUCUCAGUCCCAGGUUAAAAGAGAUGCGAUUCCACUACUUCUCUCUCCUCUCUGCACCAUUCUAUCCUCCUUGACUCUGCUUCUCACUGCUACACAAGAGCCGGCCAACGCGAAUUUCUCUCAAAUCAAGCUGCAACCGUUACCGCUUAGCUCAACACUCUUGACGUACCAACAUGGAUACCAUAGGCCCGGAAAUGCUGCCAGAACUGCCAUCGCGGGGAUCGAAGAGGAAGCCCACACUCGGUGAGGCUCCAGUUACCAAGCGUCCGAGGAAGACAUCGCACGCAAUGCCAGCCGGGGUGUUCUCCUGCUUCACGCUGGACGGUAAGGACGCGAGUCUCCACCGGAGAUCCGCAUUCUCUCUUAAAAGGAAAGAGGAAGUCAGGGGCAUCAGGAAAAAAGGCGCUUGUCUGAGAUGUAGACUUCUCAAACGGGCUUGCUCGGGCGAAGAUCCAUGCAAGACAUGCAUUGCUGCUGCCAGGGCAGCAGCGAAUUCGAAGGCCUUGAUGUGGAUGGAGUGCAUCCGACCGUCUUUUCAGAUGAUGAACAUCUUCGACACAGGCCAUCAACUCCCUGGCGAAGCCCGCGUCAACGACAUAGUGAACAGUCUACUUGAUGACGACGUCUCCCUAGGUUUCCACAUUCCCUUCGCCCUCAACGUGGAAGCCGCAUCGUCUCACCUCGCUCGAUGGCUGUCUGACGAUGACUCGCCAUCUACAUUCAGUGUCGUCGGGAUCUUCUCCUGUAGCACGAAUACAAAUUUACUUCAGAACGCCCUGGAUCCUAGCCUUGGGAGGGACCUACGACUCUUCGUGCAUCUGACCACGUAUAUGUACACGACUGGGAUGGAGGGUGGCUACCAAGAGUACACUGAUGGGGAGAUCCAAUCCGUACGCGAUUGCGUGGGGCAUAGACUUCUGAUAUCGUUUGACGCGCUGCUCAGACCUACCGAGAUGGAAGCCUCCGGGGAUAAGCUUGGGAAGUUGAAGUCCUUAUUCCUAUUGUUGUUGGGCACUAUCGUGGGUUUGAGGUACACAUACCCAGAGGUGAUAGAGAAUCCUGGGCCAGGACGGUCCGCGCUUGAGUCGAAACAGGAGGCAUUACUGCGACUGCUGUGCCACUAUCUCAUCUACAUCGGCAAAGCCACCUCCCUCCUCGAGAAUUCGACUGACGAGAAGUCCCUCCUCACAAAGUGGAAAACCCAGUGGAACAAACCGGCGGAGUUCACGUGGCACCCCGCUAAAGGACUGGAAAUGCACUACCGGAUAGAGCCGCCCGCUGACUGGAUCGUCUCUUCCUCCGAGGAUGAAUCGUUGAGCAGCAUCGACAUUGAUCUUUCGGAAUUCGAUGGCAUCGAGCAAUUUACACAGAAUGCGGAUCUGCUGAAGUGCAACUCUUGCGGUAUGUUCUGGACCAGCUUGGAUGCGAAUGGCUUUUGCCAAAUCUGCCGGCCUGAUACGUCUAGUGAAGGCCCGCUCUUCCUGCAAUCACCAUUCCUUGAGGGCUUUGAUUUCAUUGAUAUCUUUGGGGCGAGCAGUCCGAAUAGUAACUUGGCUAACACCGAGUUGUCUUCCUCCUUCGACCACCAACCACUUCAACGCUUCUCAACGGCUUCACAGGAAUCACACAGCACCUGCCUUUCCUGUGAGAAGGUGAUUGAAGUCGGUAGCAACUUCUGCUCUCAAGCGUGUCGGCUAUGUUAUUCGGAGCACACGGAUGUUAUCGAUCCACAGACUCCCUCCAAGUUAGCGAUCGCCUACUCGCCGCUCACAGUUCCACCUAUUCCUCCGUCCCUUAAUGACAGCGCACGACCAGCUCAGGAACUAGGUCUAGCGCCGUCCGACCAAACAGCCAGCUACUGGUCCUCCGGCAACAACGCGGCUCCAGAAAUUUCCACUCAUUGGCUGGGGUUGGAAAAUGGAGGGGAGCAACCUCCCGACGCGGAACUAAGAGCGGAAAUGGAAGGGAAAGAGGAAAUAAUAGGCCGCUCUGUACCCGGACCUCAGCCCUCAAUCCUGUUGCCGUCUUCUGACCAUCUCCAAAGCUCUGCCAGCGCGGAAACUGACGGGCUUGACCCGAACUCACAACCACCCAUCCCGCCACCUACUCUCAGUCGCGCGAACAAUGGCCGUGCACCUGCAAAGCAGAAGAAAACAUACUUCUGUGACGCUUGUAAGGAUGAGAUGUUUCGCCCGCCAAAAAACUGGCAUUUCCAUCGGACGAAAUCUUCGGAUUAUAGGACCUGUGUAUGGUGCGGGUCCCCUACAUUCGACUACGAGUGCACCGGGAAUUGCCGGGAUGGUACGGAUAGGACAGGGAGGCUGAGACUACUCAUUUGAUGAAGACCUUUAACGAGCUUUCUCAUGCGGCUGCCAAUAUCUUGAUGUACUGAACGAGUUUCGUUGAAUUUCAUUUCGCCCAAUUCCUUCGUACAUUUCUCCACUUUGGUACUAGCAACAAGAGAAAUUAUGUUUCAUGAAUAGUCCUAUGUGAUCGGCCUUUACGCAUAGCCAACUUCCCUGCACCUCGCCUUCGCCUGGCUCAGCAACAUCACUACACCCAUUAGUCUCCUGCUUAUACACUCACUCUGCCCUCCCUUGUUCUACGUCACUCACGUGUUUUCUCCACACCAAUCAGGAUGGGUGAUAAGGCGCGAUCUCAGGC